CCUUGUGAAUCAAGCGCCAUAGUCACCGUAGUCCUGGCGACUGUUACCCAUCAACAACAACUACUCCUCUCCUCCUCCUCCUCCUCUUCCUCCUCCUCCUCCUCCCCACCACCACCAUCUCCAUCACCCACCAACAACACCACAAUAAUCCACAGCCAAGAGACCAUCAUGCAGACAUCAGAGACCGGGUCGGACACAGGUUCGACAGUGACUUUACAGACGUCUGUGGCCAGUCAAGCAGCAGUGCCUACCCAGGUGGUGCAGCAGGUACCUGUGCAACAACAGGUCCAGCAGGUUCAGACUGUGCAGCAGGUCCAGCAUGUCUACCCAGCUCAGGUGCAGUAUGUGGAAGGAAGUGAUACUGUCUAUACCAACGGAGCGAUCCGGACAACAACUUAUCCUUACACGGAAACGCAGAUGUACAGCCAAAACACUGGAGGGAAUUACUUUGAUACUCAAGGGAGUUCUGCGCAGGUGACUACCGUGGUUUCGUCCCACAGCAUGGUGGGCACUGGUGGGAUUCAGAUGGGCGUCACGGGAGGACAACUCAUCAGCAGCUCUGGAGGAACCUAUCUCAUCGGCAAUUCAAUGGAGAACUCCGGCCACUCAGUGACACAUACCACUCGGGCCUCUCCAGCAACGAUUGAAAUGGCGAUUGAGACGCUGCAAAAGUCUGACGGUCUGUCCACUCACAGAAGCUCUCUCCUCAACAGCCAUCUCCAGUGGUUAUUGGACAAUUACGAGACCGCUGAAGGAGUGAGCCUUCCCAGAAGCACGUUGUACAACCACUACCUACGACAUUGUCAGGAACACAAACUGGACCCAGUCAAUGCUGCUUCUUUUGGAAAACUAAUAAGGUCAAUUUUUAUGGGAUUACGAACCAGGAGAUUGGGAACUAGAGGAAACUCCAAGUACCAUUACUAUGGGAUUCGUGUCAAGCCAGAUUCCCCUCUGAAUCGUCUGCAAGAAGACAUGCAGUAUAUGGCUAUGAGGCAACAGCCCAUGCAACAGAAACAAAGGUACAAGCCUAUGCAGAAGGUGGAUGGGGUUGCAGAUGGUUUCACAGGAAGUGGUCAACAGACUGGCACAUCUGUUGAGCAAACUGUAAUAGCCCAAAGUCAACAUCAUCAACAGUUUUUAGAUGCAUCUCGAGCACUUCCAGAGUUUGGAGAAGUUGAAAUCUCUUCUCUGCCAGAUGGUACUACCUUUGAGGAUAUCAAGUCACUGCAGAGUCUUUAUCGAGAGCACUGUGAGGCAAUCUUGGACGUUGUUGUGAAUCUUCAGUUUAGCCUGAUAGAAAAACUGUGGCAAACAUUCUGGCGCUAUUCUCCCUCGACUCCGACUGACGGCACUACCAUCACCGAAUCAAGCAAUCUGAGUGAAAUAGAAAGUCGACUUCCGAAAGCAAAGCUGAUAACUCUGUGCAAACAUGAGUCUAUCCUGAAAUGGAUGUGUAACUGUGACCAUGGGAUGUACCAGGCUUUGGUGGAGAUUCUCAUCCCCGACGUGCUUAGACCUAUUCCUAGUGCCUUGACCCAAGCCAUUCGAAAUUUUGCAAAAAGCCUUGAAGGUUGGCUUUCCAAUGCCAUGAACAAUAUCCCACAGAGAAUGAUACAAACCAAGGUUGCAGCUGUAAGUGCCUUUGCCCAGACGCUGCGAAGAUACACAUCGCUCAAUCACCUGGCCCAGGCAGCUCGUGCAGUGCUCCAGAACACGUCCCAGAUCAACCAGAUGCUCAAUGACCUCAACCGCGUCGACUUUGCCAACGUCCAGGAGCAGGCUUCUUGGGUUUGCCAAUGUGAUGACAACAUGGUUCAGAGACUAGAGACAGACUUCAAGAUGACCCUCCAGCAGCAGAGCACCCUGGAACAGUGGGCUGCGUGGCUCGACAAUGUGAUGAUGCAGGCGCUAAAGCCCUACGAGGGAAGGCCCAGUUUUCCUAAAGCUGCCAGGCAAUUCCUGCUAAAAUGGUCUUUCUACAGCUCAAUGGUUAUUCGGGACUUAACCUUACGCAGCGCCGCCAGCUUUGGCUCCUUCCACCUGAUCCGUCUGCUCUACGAUGAGUAUAUGUUCUACUUAGUAGAACAUCGUGUUGCUCAGGCAACGGGAGAGACACCCAUAGCGGUCAUGGGCGAGUUUGGUGAUUUAAAUGCUGUUUCUCCUGGAAAUCUGGAUAAAGACGAAGGCAGCGAAGUGGAAAGCGAAAUGGAUGAAGAACUGGAUGACUCUUCGGAACCGCAAGCCAAAAGAGAGAAGACCGAGCUGAACCAGGCGUUUCCGGUGGGCUGCAUGCCGCCGGUGCUGGAGAGCGGCGUGCAGCCCAGCCUCCUGAAUCCCAUCCACAGCGAGCACAUCGUCACGAGUACUCAGACUAUCAGGCAGUGCAGCGCCACCGGAAACACCUACACCGCGGUCUAAGGAACAUUAAAGCGUAUUUUUCCAGCUAACAUUACCCCUGUUGAUAGAUUGGGCUUAAGUUGAAAAUUCAAUAAGCCUGAAGGUCGACUGUUGUCAAAUUCUAUCUGUGCUGAACAUUACCUUUUUGGAGUUGUGAAAUGGAAUGGGUGUAUGUAUUUUGCCAGGUCUCUCUCUCUC